AUGGUGGCGACCGCCGCGAGCGGGAUGCAGCCGGCGAGGCGAGGUGGCAGGCCGUCCCGUUUGCUGUUUGAAACGCCUGACUCGAAGCUGCCCGUCGAGUUCGACAUCACGCGCCACGUCUCGCGCGGCGAGAGCUGCCUCAUCGCCCUAUUUGUCCUCUGCUGGUGCGACGGUGCAUACCUCGAGGACCAAGACAUGUGGUGGCUCGCCGGCAUCACGCGCGACGUCUACCUCUACUCGCGGCCGUCGCUGCACGUGCGCGACUUCGCUGUCCGCACACGCAUCGACGCCGUCGGCGACGGCUUUGGCGCAGGCCUAGUCGAGGGCACAGACCUCGCCGCGCCGCCCGUCGCCGCCGCGAGGGUGAGCGCGCCGCUGUGCCGGGCGGGCGGCAAGGUCGGCGCUUUGGUGCACGCGGCGCUGCGGGUGCCGGCGGGGCAGGCUCUCCCGUGGAGCGCCGAGACGCCGUCGCUGUACACUCUGCUGCUGACGCUGCGCGACGCGGCCGGGUCCGUGGUGGAGGUGCUCGCGCAGCGGAGCGCGGCAGUGUGGGAGAUCCGGGCUGGCGAGCGCGCCGCCCCGCUGCGCGUCGGGUUCGUCGCGGCGCUGACGCGCGCGGCUGCGAGCCGCGUCCGGUGGCACGGGCUAGGCCCACACGAGAGCUACCCGGACCGGAUGGCGGGGGCGCGCGUCGGAGUGUGGGACGGCAGCGUGGCCGCACAGACGCACAGGUACUGCCGCCCGCAGGAGAAUGGCAACAAGAUGGGCACGCGCUGGAUGGCGCUCAGUGACGCCGCCGGCUCGGCGGGGCUGCUCGUCGUCUCGCGGCGGGGCGCGCCGCUGCCGAUGCAGUGCCACCACUUUGCGCUCGACGACUUCGACGUGCGGCCCGGCUCGGCGGUGCCCGAGGUGCGGCACGGGGGCUCGCUGCAGGAGGCGCCGUGGACGACGCUCUGCAUCGACGGCGCGCACGCCGGCGUCGGCGGCAUCGACUCGUGGGGCUCGCAGCCGCUGCCGCAGCACCGGCUCUCGCUCGAGCAGCCGGUGGAGUGGGCGUUUGCGCUGCGCCCCUUCAGCCCGGAGGAGGAGGUGGCGCUGCCGGACCUGGUGAGGGCGCUGGCGUGA